AUGACCACUACUAUCGCAUCAAUGACGACCACUGCAGAAGAUACAACAACGUUUACUAUACCGGACCUUUUUGUUGGCGCGAAAACUAACGACACGCUUUUCAAAGAGGAACCAAGACGUGAAGUCUACGACCUCAACAAAGCCAACGAUCCAAAGGGCGCCAUGGAACAACAAGAAGGGAACAAAACGUUCGCUGUAACGGCAACUGUGAUCGUGAUCGCCAUCAUCUCCAUCAUAGCAACUAUAGCCGUCAUGCUUUUCAUGCGAAAAAAGCGAAAAAUCGCCAACGCAGAAGGAGUGCACUCAAGAAAGAAAUCGUCAAAGCUGGAUGAUGGUAUGGUUGAAAUCGAACUUGAUUCCAGUGCACCAACAAAGAAAUUAUAA